ACGACCACGACGGGAUCAAGGUGAACAUAGGGCUAGACGACUCGGAAGGCUUCAAGAGUGGACUCAACGUGAUGAUGCUGCCGACUGCCAGCUCGUCUUAAGGCAGAUGCGUGUAACUAGACGCUUUGAACCGAUAAGGUUCGCUGGGCUGUGGACUUUGGUUCCGCAGUCCUGGGAGGCGUCCUAUUUGCAGACUGGAAAUAGAACGCAGCAAAUGAACUUGGGGGAGACGCCACUUCUGAAUGGGCACGCAAAGGCACGGGCACGCAAACGCGAAUGCUCUUAGCGUCAUCGAUCCGCCGCCAGACAUGCGUAUGCGUGACUCGGCGGCUGGGAUCGCGCUGUCGACGCCUCCGUCAUCAGACAAUGGACAUUCCGCCGCAGAAAGGAUGGGCUCAGUGACGGAACUCUGAAGGGACACUCGGCCAAGCGCUCCGAGUACGUCGGCAUCACCCGAGCGCGUAGGCGGCGCAGAUCUCUCCCAAGUCUGCAAUGAGCGACGUGUCGAUGCGCCAUUGUUUGCCUCCUGGGGCUGUCCAGCAGCAGCAGCGGGCAUAUGUCCAUCUCUUCGCUUCUGCGCUCCCCUGUCCUGGAACCGCCGCCCCUGCAUCGCUCCCGAAUCUUGACAUCGACCGGAUGGGUAUGCGGAACGAGAACGCGCGCAGAUGCAGUAUCAUGCGCACGCUAGCGAUAGGAUGCAGCGUUGUCAGGUUGAAGGAGUUGAAGGGGAGGAAGAGGAGGGGGUUUUCCAAAGGAGGGGAGGUCUUGGAGAAUCUCUCGGCGGAUGGGCAUUUGCCGUCGAGUGAUAGACACGGGUAUGGUACCUCCUCCGAAGGACACUCGCAAGCUUUCAUCGUAGAUUAGGCUGUACCGGUGUUUGUGCAGGUGCAGCCCCUCGUACCCCGCCGUCCUCAGCCGAGGGGAUGUGAUUCCUCCUCUACGCGCGCAUGGGCUAGUGCUCACCGUCGUCACUCCGUUUGAGGCAUAACACAAGUCGGGAGCGUCUGUUGGAGAAGAACUUUGCUUUACGGACCUGACGGCGUCAUAUUCUGCGGGUUCGAUUGUUCUUGGUGGGACGUCGUUGUUGCCUGUGCAUGACGCUGUCGCUGCGGAGCAUUUGUUGUUGGUGGGUGGAGACGGUGGGGUGCCGAAGGAUGUGGCCCCGUCGAAGGCGUCUUCUCCAAUCGAGGGCACCGCUGACCUUGAGAAUGAUAUUUUUGGUACGUUUUGGAAUUGGGCACCCCAUUCGACACCAGCAGCUCAAGCGACCCUCUCCUUUCCCCGUUCAGAACGUCCUAGGCCAGGGCUCUAACUGGCUCUCCAUCGUCGUUGGCUCCACAGGCGAAGAACCUGAGCUUGAAGCGCUGAACAGUGCCACGAACUCUUCCGUAAUCGCCGUAUGUGAUACUGGCCCGCGACGCCCAAAGCAGGAUAGACUCCGCCCUCCGUGCGAGCUGCGCGACUGUCAUGUCCUACCUUGGCGUGCGUCCUGGGCCUGUCCGACGUCCCCGCCCCAACCGCACCAGGCUGAGCUCAUACCCACGGACAUGUCGAUCCUCCAGGGCUACCUCGACUCCACGCCCAGUGCCGGCACAAAGCAAGGUGAAGACCCGCUCGCACAGGCGCUUGAACACAUGACGCGUCCUAAGCUGUCGCGGGCGGCUACUAGCGAAGGCUUCUUUUUGCCUAGACUUGCCUUGUCGCGUUCUGGGACGGCCGAGAACGCAGCGCUCAGCGCUCGCAUCUUUCCUUCCCGCGUCUGUACAUGCGACCACAGAAGCGUCUCGUUCUGCGGUGUGAUCAGCGUCGCGUACGUAUUCUUCACAUUACAGUCCGUUCUUCGGCUUAUGAUCUCCUUUGCACCGUUAUAUCUUAUUCAAUAUUGUUUAUUUUAUUUUCUCCUCUCUCGCUUUCUUUUUUCCUAUCUCUAUUCGAAUUCUCUCCCUCCAUCUAUCGCGUAGCACUACUCCUUAAAUUUAAACCUGCACCUACACGCCCAUCGUGCCUCGCAUCAUCAGGAUUUCUUGACCCAUUUUUUGACGUGUCGGU